AUGGCCGAUCUCCAUCUGCCCCCGUCCGCUGCGGGGAACGCUUCCUCCGACUCCGGCUCGACGAAUCCUCGUUUUACGCCUGUUUCCAAUGGCUCGGAAGAGGAGUAUCCGGCGUCGAAGCCGGUGAACUCGCCUGUUGGAAAUCUGCGACUACAAACCAAUUUCGAGGAUGGGAUGGGCGUCGCGGGGUCUGUGUCCGAUAUGGAUGAAGAGAAUACAUAUGAUUCCGCGGAGGAGCUGGAAGGAAAGGAUCGCAGGAGGCAGUCGAGGCCGAAAUUUACACUGGAAGAGGAGAGGGAGGUCGUCAAGGUCUUCGAUAGGAGGCUAGUCCCAUUCUUGGCGCUUCUCUACUUGCUUGCAUUCUUGGACCGUUCGAAUAUUGGAAAUGCCAAGAUUGCAGGACUACAGGAUGACCUCCGGCUGUCAUCUGAGCAAUACGAGUGGCUACUCACUGCGUUCUAUAUCACAUACAUCCUAUUCGAAUGGAUGACACUGAUGUACCGCCUCGUACCUCCGCAUAUCUACAUUUCGUUGUGUGUGUUUGGCUGGGGGUUGGUAGCAUCGUGCCAAUCUCUGGCAACAUCCUUUGAAGGGCUGGUCAUCCUGCGUGCAUUACUCGGUAUUACCGAAGCUGCAUUCGGCCCCGGUGUUCCGUUCUACCUGUCACUGUUCUAUCGGCGCGAUGAACUGGCUUUUAGGAAUGGACUGUUCAUCUCAGCUGCACCGUUGGCAACGUCCUUUGCUAGCAGCUUGGCCUGGUUCAUCGUCAAGGUCAACAGUGAUGGGCCUAUCUCUCCGUGGCGUGCUCUUUUCCUUGUCGAGGGUUUCCCUAGCGUGAUCGUUGCUGUCUUCGCCUGGAUUCUCAUUCCAGACUCUCCGGGUCGUGCUCGGUUCCUCACUCGCCGGCAGAGGGUGGUAGCCCGGCUGCGCAUGGAACAUGGCCAGCCUGACUACCAGCAAGGCACCUCGAAGCGCUUCGAUUGGAGGGAGAUCGCGAAGACGGCUGCUGAUCCCAAGGCAUAUAUGGCAGCUUUCAUGUUUUUCAGCUGCAAUGUCGCCUUCAGCUCGAUGCCAGUAUUUCUGCCCACUAUCAUCAAAGAUAUGGGCUACUCCGCCCUCAACGCCCAGGCUCUCUCAGCACCGCCAUACCUAGUCGCCUUCGUUGUGGUCCUAGUCACAGCAUGGGCCUCGGACCGCAGCCGCAGCCGCAGCCCCUACCUUAUAGCCCACGCCCUCAUCUCCUCAAUCGCAUACUUCGCAAUUGCCGCAACAGGAUACUUCCACGAGCACCUAUCCACCGAAUUACACACCUUCAUCCGAUACAUCUGCGUCUACCCCGCCACAGCCGGGUUCUUCUCCGCCAUCACGCUGAUCAUAACCUGGUCAAUGGACAACCGGGUGGAAAAAGAAGGCAAAGGUGCCAGCAUUGCCAUAUUAAACAUCAUCGGGCAGUGCGGGCCUCUCCUGGGGACAAGGCUGUACCCCGAAUCUGACGGGCCGUGGUAUAUCCGUGGCAUGGCAACGUGCUCUUUCUUCAUGGUGCUUGUUGCAAUUUUGGCGAUUGGCUUGCGCCUUCUCCUGCAACGGGCUAACCGUAGGGCUGUGAAUACUGUGUACCAGGCUGUUGACCAAGCUGGGCCUGCUCAUUCUGGUGAGGAGAGAGAUGAGCUUAUGGGUGGAGGGCGGAGGGAUGAUUUGGAGCAUCAUACUGGUGAUCGCCGGCUUGUUUAUAUUAUUUGA